GAUUGUAUUGAAACGUAAUCAAUUACAAAUUUAUUGAUGGAACCUGAUUUAAUGUCGUGUUUUGAAACUAGACCAAAGAUACUUUAUUUGUGUUUUUGGAGUGAAGAUUUAAAAUCCACUUAAAUAUAAGCCAAAGGGAUCAAAGUUAAACAUGAGGAAGUAAAAGACAGAUUGUGUUGGUGACCUUUGCUGCUGUGUGAACGAAGCUUUAGAUGAAAACAUCUUUGGUUUAGAAAAAACAGGCACCGGGUUCCUCUUUUUAAACAAGCUAACUUUAGCCGUUUGGUUAGUUUAUUGCUAUUUACUCCGGCAGCAACAGGAGGGGGAGGGGCUUGUUAAAGGUGUAAGCUGUAGGCAAGCUGUUACCUUGAUUCUGCAAACUGACCCAAGCAGAAUCAGAACCGAGAUCCAAAAGAUUAAACACUGUGGACGUUUCCUUUGACUUGCUAUGCGUGCAUUUUUAUUUUAAUUUCAUGAAAGAUUGAAAAAUCUCAAAUCAAAGAUGUUUUCUACUGUUUAAAAGUUUAUUAAAAUAAAUAAAUGAUGAACAUUUGCAGAAUUUGUUGCUGCGAUUAUUUUUUUAUGUAAACAGAUCUUUAUUAGAGCCUAAUGAAGAUCCGUCUCCGGUCCACUUGGCGUUCAUAUAUGCAUUCGAACCGAACCAGAGUUCACUUCAACCAAACCCAGACCGAGGUCUGGAGGACCAGAGUUAGCUUAGCGUUCACAGCUCACCAAAAUGAACCGGACCUUCUGGGCAAAUGGACCGGCGCUGAGUUAAAGCAGGUGGGAAUCCAUGGUUGGUUAAGUUAACUGGUUUCUCUGACAGAUGUGAUUUCGAAACAAAGACUCCCGGCCAGGUCUCGAAGCCCGACAACAGAACCGACCUUUCAGAACCGUUUGGUUCUUGGAAACUGAACACAAAAGGCCCAUUUAGAGAAACGGCAGGAAAAAUCUGUGCAGCUUGGAAACAUUUGGUCACGGUGAGUUCAGCUCUGUCCUGAAACCGGUUUGUUUCCAGAAGCCGGGCCGGUUCCAGGAACAGAGCUGACCCGUUACACAAGCUGGACCCAGAACCGGGUCUCAUUUAUGCUCCAACAUCCUGGUUUAUCAUAGUUUAACUUUUUCAUUAGAGUUCAGUUUUAUUUUGUCUAAUUAGCUUUAGUUUUUAAAAUGUGUUUUCCAGUUUUCAUUAGUUAUUAUUAACUAAAUCUUUAGUUUAGUUUUAUUUUUUUCAUACUUUGGUUCAUUUUAGAUGCAUAAUUCAAAAAGUUUAAAGUAUUAUGAUUAUGUAAACAUUGAUUGGGUAAAGAGAAAAUACCAUUAAAAAUGCAUUUAAUUAUUGUUAAACCACAUGGAAACACUGAUCAUGUGAAUCUAUAGAAUGUUUUUAUUUUUAAGGUAUUGUUUGUAUUGUGGUGAACGGCUUUAUAUUCUAAUUUUAGAUUAAGAAAAUGCUUUUUUAUUUAUCAUUAAUCUCUUUUUUUGGGAAGAGAAUAAUAUAUUGUAUUUAUGCUGAUUGUUUAUGGAUAACUGGGGAAUUAAUGUGAUGAAUUUCAGUCUUGAUGUAACAUGAAACUGGAAGAAGCGGCUGGAAGUUUCUAAAAGAUGGGAUGAAAUUAUCCUGAGCCGUCCUCCAUCUUGUUGCCUGUAAACACGCAGCCUGUAUUUACAUCUCCUUCAACGUUUAAAGGAAGUUUCACCAGAGGAGAGGUUAAAAGUCCCAACUGGACCCGAACCAGCGGAAAGUUCUGCUGGAUCUGGCCGGCGCCGCCCACAGUGGUGUUGCUAAUAAACACCGAAACGCUUUAGUGUCAUGUCGCCUAUGAUCACCUGCAGUCACUUCUCUGGGUUCACCGUCACGUCCAGAACCGACCCAAAGGUAGGCCUGACCCGGUUCUUUAUCGGUAUUUGCUUUGUGAAGCAAGUUUGAGCCAAAAAAAUAAAAUUUAACUGAAUAACUCAGUAAAUUAGCUUCCAAUUAGAUUGAUUAUUGAUGUGAGAACCUGGGAGAAAAUCAGGUCCGGUAAUCUGGAGUUCUGAUCCGAUCCGUGAAGUUCUGGACCAUCAGAUUCAGGUUUUUCUUGUUUUUUCUUCAUUUUGAAGCAGAAAGAAAAGAAGAAUGGCGUCCGUUUUGAUUCUUCGUUUCUCUGCAGCUGCAGAUAAAAGUUCCCGUCCUUCUGACAAAAUGAUUAAUUGUCCAACGAUCUACACAGAGUUUAGGCCUGAACUUGGACUAGGCCAUUCUAGAACAUGAAUCUGCUGUGAUCUAAAGGAUCUGCAUCAUUUACAAUCCAAACAGACAUUUUUUUACUCCAGUCUCACCAAAUAAAACCGGCUUAGAGCUGCUAAUGUUGCCCAACCUUAAGAAAAAGGAAAACUUAAACAUCUAAUAUCAGGCUGGACGAUAUCGCUGUCAAAAGUAUCACAAUACAAGCGUUUCAUAUCAGUCGAUAUUGAUAAUUAUUGAUUAGUGUUUUGUUUAAAAUAUCUGAAAAACAACCAAACUGUUUUAUCCAGUUUUCUAUCCUUGCUGUUGUUUUUUAUUUUUUUAGCAGUUUUGAGGCAAAGAGGAAAAACUUGAAACUGCUGCCGCGCAAGUUACUUAACAGACUGUUGCUAAGCAACCAGUUUGGUGGAACUUGAAACUGCUUGUUAUCCAGCAGGUUGUUGCUAGGCAACCAAAGAGCGAGUGAGUCAGUUGCUUCCACCAAUCCAGCUUUGCUAGCAAUGAGAGGUUGGUCAGCUAAAGUCUUUCCUACAUCUCCCAGAAUGCUGUGCGGUUCUGGAUCAGAGUUCAGUCAAUAUUCUAAAUAUGGAAUAUUCUAUCAAUCGCAUCAACUAUACAUAGUUCUCAUGUGACGUUAACUUUGUAUCCGACAGCAAUCUUGGUAGGUAUCUGUAAGUAACUGACAUGAUAGUUGCUAUGACGACAACAAACAAGUCACAAGAUUUGAACUAGCUCUCGAGCAUUACAGCUAUUACUAAGUUUUGAGUACUAUUCCCAUCUUUGUAAUACUAAGAUAAAUAUCAGAUAUUUACUGUAGUACUUACUGCAGAACUAGCUAAAUUAGCUUAGCUAGCAUAGCUUUAGCCUACGUGUUUCUUACUGCAUGCACUUACUCUGCUAGUCACCAGAACCUUGAUAUUCAUGUGAAGAGUUCGUACGUUUUUUACAAAUCCGUUUCAACAUUGAUUGUAUGGAUUUCAGUUGAAGCUCCUCCAUGUUGUUCGCACUCUUCCUGUUCACUAGGUAGCUAACGUUAUUGUAGCAUGAGAUCGGAGGCAGCUCGUUCACAUCUUCUGACAUGUUUUUCUUCUCCGUCUCAUUUGGGUCGAUCCCAACGGCAGCCAUUUUGUUCAUGUAUCUUUCUCACAUUGGUCAACAUAUUUCCUUUGUGUUGGUCUCAACGCCACGCUUCGUUUAUGAUUUGUGCUGCCGUUGCCUACCAAGAUGGCGUGGGUCACUUCCAGUUCAGACUUGUGGGAACGAUAUAUUGAUUUUGAUCAGGUGUCUAUCAUGAUUUAUAGUGUUAUUGAUUAUUGUCCAGAUCUAAAUGCGCUGUAUGAAUCUUUAAAAAUUUCUCCUGUUCUGUCCCACAGCCGACUCCAUCUUCAGAGCUCAACAGGAAGUGAAGGUCAUGCAGAGGUUGCAGGAAGGCUAUGAAGCCUGAUAUGGACAUAAACAUGUUCACAGAUCCCAGAGCUGGGGAGAACCUCACGGUGCCGCCGAACCUGCCCCAGCAGGCCUCGGAGAACAUUGAGCAUUACCUCAUCAACCUCUUCCUGUCUGGGUUUUACACCCUGAUUCUGUUUCCUGUCGGCCUGGUGGGGAACUUCCUGAUCCUGGUGGUCAACCUGGCCCACUGGGGCCGGCUGUCGGCGCCAGACCUGUACUUCGCCAACCUGGCUGCGGCCGACCUGAUCCUGGUGGCCGACUCGCUGAUCGAGGUGUUCAACCUGAAGAAGGGCUACUAUGACAACGCCGGCCUCUGCACCUUCAUGAACCUCUUCCAGCAGGUCAACCUGUACAGCAGCGUCUUCUUCCUCACCUGGAUGAGCAUCGACCGCUUCCUGGCGCUGACCCGAAUAGCCGCCGGCGGGUGCACCGCACACGCCUGCCGCAGCUGCUGCCUCAUCUGGGCGUUCGCGGUGCUGCUCACCUUGCUGCCGUUCGCCGUCGCCCAGGUGCAGCACUACAGCGAACUCAACUUCUGCUUCGCCAACGUCAGCCAGGUGCAGUGGCUGGAGGUGACGCUGGGCUUCCUGCUGCCGCUCUGCAUCCUGGCCGUGUGCUACUGGAGGAUCGCGCAGGUGCUGCAGCGCAGCCAGAGGCAGCGGUGCUACCUGCAGCAGCAGCCCCACCGGCAGCGAGCGCUGCGCAUGAUCGCCGCCGCCGUGCUGGUCUUCUUCAUCUGCUGGCUGCCAGUGAACGUCUUCAUCAGCGUUCACCUCCUGAGCGGCGCCGACGCAGUGGGCGCUAACACGGCGGGCGCUAACACGCUGUGGGAGCUUUACCCGCUGACGGGCCAUGCCGUCCGGCUCGCAGCCUUCUCCAACAGCUGCCUCAACCCACUAAUCUACGGCUUCCUGGGUGAAACGUUUCGGAAGAAGCUGAGGCUGUUUCUCCAGGAGAAAAGCCGCAGCGCCAAGCUGCAACGGUUCGCUUCGGAAAAACACAUUUAUGCUCCAGUUGCACCGACAUGUCACUGUCAGCAUAAGACAUGCGACACAUCGAGUCCCUCCACUAAGUCCAGCUCUAACAGAGGCAAAAGCCUUGUGAUGUAAAGGCACUUUAAGGGACGAAAUGGAAG